UCUGAAACGAAUUUGGCAUCAAAUAUCGAAGCACCACCCUCCUCUGCGAUGGCGCUGACCGACGCCGCGAUCGAGAACUCGUCUUUGGACGAUGGCGGCUCCGAGGAUAUGGAUGCAGAAGUGGCCAUCAAAUCUCCUCGAGCCGGACAACGUCAACUCACGUUUUCGGCGGAGCUCUUGGAAAAGCGUGGCUGCAUUCGUGACAAUGCAUUCGAACCUCCUGAAACCGGGGCACUCCGUGUAUUUGGAGUUAUGCGCAUCAUCCACGGCUGUAUCGCCACGGGCGGCCACCUCACGCCUACGCUGUAUGCUCCACGCGAAAUUUGGUUCCUCGACCGAGUUCGUCUUGUUGGCCUUGAGCACAAGCUACGACUCCUCGACGUGUGCGCGACCCAGUUCAAAAUUCUUCAGGCCAUGCCGGCGCCAACGUCGGCCGACAAUCAAACCAUCUUUGAUCACGCUCUGCACAACAUCACGACGGCGUUGGCAGAGUCCAAGGCCGACCUCGUACGACCCUUUCCAAACCUCGUGCCCGAGGCCCACGCAACCUCUCAUGAACUCACCAAGAUGGAGCGCGACAUCGUCAACGCCGUGGGAAACAACACCAUGGGCAAAUUGACCAGCUUAGCGUUUGGUUUCGGCCGGACGUUGCGAAAGCAAGCAGUGGCGGUCGUCGAACGAGCAAACUCGGCCCAGUUUGAAACGAUUACCAAGGAUACCCUUGGUCGGUACGCCGCACGGCUCAGCUCUCUCUUUGCCCACGUCCAGUUUUUGGGAGUGUGGCUCGAUCCUUCGUACGUACCACCGACGCUUGCGGGCUCCGCUACUCUUACUACAGAGGAGCUCAUGCGCCAUCGAGCCAUCGGCCACACAUUGGAAUCAAGUCCCCGCCGUGAAAUUGUCGUUGGCUUGGGUACAUCUCUACCGUCGGACGACUACAUGGUCAAGAACUGGUUUGGUGUUGUAGGGGUGUUCUUGGAAGAAAUCGUCGUCGAAUUGACCUUGCGUGACAUUCAGAGCUUGCUUUUGAGUUACCUCCAACGGCUCUCGCAUGCUUUCGGAGGAUUUACCAUCGACCCUGCCAUCGCGUCCCGGCCCCAGCGCGCUCAAACGACAUAGCUGUGCGCAUUGAAACAUUAAUGAUACAACCUUCCAGCCCAAUUCCAAGUGUAUGUCUUGCAGCCUUUAGACCGCCGUUCAAUUGCCGAGUCACGAGGUUUUUUGUAGCCCUCGAGCCGUGGUGGCUCACACCAACCAGGGAAAGAGCGCUUGCUUCCAUGCCACGCAAUGCAUCAAGUGCAGUCGCAUAUUUAGUUCGUGGAUGUGUGGCGUCAUGCACAGUGCGCAGAAAUGUCUUGAAUGCCGAAAAACGAAAAUCGACCGACUGCUUUCCAACCGUUGCAAGUGUUUCUGACCCGUCCCGCGUUCCAAUUCCAAGCCAAGGGCGUCGACGAACGGUCGUGCUGGAGUUGUUCCAAGCAUACAGGACCUUCGCCCUGGACGGUUAGCUGGCUCGCCCAUCAAUCACCCGAGGCCGCAUGUGGCCAAAGGUCACCGGGACAACGGCGGCGAAG